AGCAAGGGACUGUCAACAAAAAACAUGGCGCCGCUGCCUUCAUAGCUAACAGCUAAGCGCACUUGGUUUCAGAUGGAAGGUGAAAGCUUGUGUUCGUGGUAAAGAAGAUCAUCAGAGCUGCUGGACGCUGAGCUGCGGCGGACGUCAUGGUGCUGAAAGUCUUCUUCCCGCAGUGCUGUAACCGGGCGGACAGCGGGCUGCUGGUGGGCCGCUGGAUCGCCGGCCACGACUCGGCCGUGGUGCUGACGGUCAUCCACUACCCGUUCAUCCCGGGUCAGGUCAAACAGUACAUCCAGCAGAUGCAGGCUCAGAGUAAGGUGGAGCUGUCGGUGUUGGGUUCUUGGAGUUUGCCCAAAGAGGGUCAGGAGGGCAUGGAGAGCUUCCUCAGGGACCUCAGCACCAUCUUCCCCCAGGAACGCUGGCUCCAGAUCAGCCGUGAGAUGGGAAAGACGGGCUUCACCUGCCAGGUCCUCGACCGGGACCCGAGUGGAAGAGCAGCUCAGCGGGAGUCAAAAAAGAAGGAUGAGGAAGGUGACGGUGAGGCUGCAGGUGAGGGAGAAGAGAAGAAGGAAGAGGAGGAGGAGGAGGAGAAGGUGAUCUUCGUCCACUACGAGCAGAGGAAGGUGAUGCUGUCGCAGCUUCAUCCCAUCCAGAACGGCGUCCCCGACCCUCAAGCUGAUCCUCCGUCUGAGCUGAGACAGAUGUUCCAGACGGUGGCCCGGAGCGAGCCUCUGUUCUUCAUGGACAAGUACGACGACGGGCCGCUGAAGUCGACUCACUGGCAGUCGGAGGGUCGCGAGGCCAGCAUCAUCGUGGAGCUGCUGAAACAGGCGUCGGUACCGCUCUGCCUGCUCAUCAGCUGGCUGCUCUCCAUCUGGACCUGGAUCUGUAACAUCCGGAUCUUCAGUCUUUACCCGCUGCGCUUCCUGUCCUCUAAACUGUCCACAUGUGUCCAGCUCAGCUACAGGACCGAACACAUGAGGACGCUCAGUUCUCCGAAAGCAGCGGCGGGACACACGCAGUUCAUGAGGAAAGCCAACAUCCUGGUGUCGUUCCUGGUGGACGUGGCUCUUGGCAUGUUGCUCAUCUCGUGGCUUUACAGAGACAAUCACAUCACCAUGCUGGCCAACACUCUGGUGCCUGCAGCUGAUCAUGUGGCGAAAGAGCUGGACGAGCUGCUGCAGUGGCUGAUGGGAGCUCCUGCAGGCCUGAAGAUGAACCGGGCUCUGGACCAGGUCCUGGGCCGCUUCUUCCUCUAUCACAUCCACCUCUGGAUCAGUUACAUCCACCUGAUGUCUCCCUUCAUCGAGGGGAUCCUCUGGUACGGAGGCCUGUCCGCCUGCUUCGGCCUGACCUUUGCCCUCUCGCUGCUCUCUGACAUGGUGGCUCUGCUCACCUUCCACAUCUACUGCUUCUACGUGUACGGCGCCAGGCUGUACUGUCUGAAGAUCUACGGCCUCUCGUCUCUCUGGAGGCUCUUCAGAGGGAAGAAGUGGAACGUUCUCCGGCAGAGAGUCGACUCCUGCUCCUACGACCUGGACCAGCUCUUCAUCGGGACUCUGCUGUUCACCAUCCUGCUGUUCCUGCUGCCCACCACAGCGCUCUACUACCUGGUUUUCACUCUGUUGCGGCUGGUGGUUGUGCUGUUCCAGGGCGUCCUCCACCUCAGUGUGGAUUUCAUCAACUCCUUCCCUCUGUUCGCUUUCGGCCUCCGCAUCUUCCGGCCCUACAGACUAGCAGAAGGUGUAAAGUUCAGGGUGCUGUGUGAGGAGCCGGGGACGGCCCUUCACCUGCUGAUGGAGAUUAACCCCCUUAAAGGCAACACAGUGAUUCAGACGUACCGCACCCCGACGUACAGCUGCUACCCCAAAGACUCGUGGGCCGCGCUCGUCAAGAAACUGUUUGUCGGCGAGCUGAUUUACCCCUGGAGACACAAAACCACCAAGACUGACUGAGAGACAUCAGCCAGAAAUGUGAAAGAGAGAGAGAAGAGGAGAGAAGAGGAGAGAUGAGGGAACAGAGGAAAGGGAAGAGACUGAAUAAAUAAUGAGAUGGAAACAGACAGAUGGAGGGAAAGAGGGGAAAUGGGAAACAAGGGUGAAACCGGUAUGAAGAAACCUAUUGAAUGACGCUGCUUUCAUGUUAGAUGGGAAGAACGUCAGAGCUGAAGCUGCCAAGUCACCACACUCGAGGAGGAGAGUGAUAAAUGUGACAGCACAGCGAAUGUGGCAAAAUAUCAACCACAAAACCCUAAAAACCAGCAAGUAGUCACGUCCUGCUGUGGUGUUUUAACAGCUGCCAUCAUAAAAAGGGACUUUCAGUA